UGAUCGUCGCGCGGUCGCGUCGCUGCGGGAUAAAAUCCUGCGUAAUUUUCGACGAUUCAUCGCGCGGUAAGUUUGCCAGCCCGCCGUUAACGCGAUCCGCGCCGCACUCGACAAUUCUCGGCGCGGCGCGUCCCGAUUGCUCGUAAUAAUUAAUAAUUGUUUUACUCGGACUUUUCGGUGGCGUGCGAAAGUAACGAUGGCCGUGCGCGCCGCGCUUGUUUGCAGGGUUUUCACGCCCGACGACGGUACGCGCGGGCAGCGAGCUGGCGGUCACGCGAGAGGCCCGUUAAUUUCGGGAUAACUCGACGGCGGAAUGAUUUGCCGCGCAGCGCCGCGCCCGAGUCGCCGCAAGCCCGUCCUUUGAGAGGAUCGACGGUCGACCGAAGCACCUGUCACUUGGAUGGGCAACUCCAACGCCAAGAGGAGCUAUCAUAAUCAUCACAAGUAUGAUAGUCAGUACAGCCUCAGUGACUUGCUCGGUGGGAGCUGCGUCAACAACGCGACGGCGCAGGCCACCCGCGAGGAGGCGAGUUGGUCCCGCGCUUCUCACAGAAGUUGGACCAAAGGCGCUACGCAGGAUAUUCACGGAUCUUCCAAGACGGUGUGGCCGAUUCCGCGCUCCCAGUCGAUAUUUCUGCCAGAAUUCCCGGCCAAGGUGGUGCCUUUGAAAACUGGAUACGUCUUCUUGGAUGUGAUAGCUAAGGGUGCUUACGGACAAGUGUAUAAAGUACAGAAACAAGAGACUGGUCAGGUCUUCGCACUGAAGGUGAUCAGCAAAGCCAUGAUCGUGGCAGAAAACUGUGUCAAACAGGCCAAGGAGGAGGCAGCGAUACUGCGGAUGGUUGGACAUCACCCUUUCGUAGUCAAUUCCGUCCACAGAUGGCAAGGCAGGAAGACGUUAUACAUAUUGAUGAAUUAUAUCUCCGGGGGAGAAUUAUUUUCACUAGUCGACGUGUACGGCUGUUUGCCUGAGAAAGUAGUCAGGAUAUAUGUAGCCGAAAUUGCCUUAGCUAUAGAUUUUCUACACAACGCUGGUGUGGUACACAGAGAUCUGAAGACUACCAAUAUUCUGCUCGAUGAAGACGGCCACGCUGUAAUUAUCGACUUCGGUCUGGCCAAAUGGUUGCAUCGCACAGAACGAACCAACACAUUCUGUGGGACGCCCCAAUAUAUGGCACCCGAAAUCCUGAAAAGGGAAUAUUAUGGACAGGAAGUCGAUUGGUGGUCUCUGGGUGUAUUGGCCUGCGUUUUACUCACAAAUGAGUAUCCAUCCAUGUUGUCGUCCGAACUUUUGCCUGCCGGCACAGUCGUCCGGAAUGAUCCGAAUUGCGCCAACGUACCAGGAAUCUUACCAGCGAAUGCGGAUAUUUCACCAGCAGCGAGAGAUCUUUUGAAGCGGCUCCUACAGCCGGAGCCUCGUUUAAGGCUCCGAACUCUUCUCAGCCUCCAGAGGAUCGCUUUUUACAUGGGCUAUGAUAUUCAAAGUUACAUGCUGAAAAAGGAAUCGCCGUUCCGGAUUUUAGGAAUGAAAAAUCGACAACAAACAGAACGGCAGAGAAUGCGUUGUUUUGAUCAAAAAUUUACAAAUUUUGAAUCUUUUCCCGGCGAUAGUGCUACGCAAACAAGUCAUCAAUGAUCUCAUGUAGACAUAUAAUAUGUACCAUUUUCUAAUUCCACGCGCACACGCUUUUAGAUGAAAAGCAAACAGGAUAAUUUUUUAUAUUUACAAAUAAUUUUUUACAUAAAAUGUGACUGAAGAUUUAAAAUGACAUAUUCAAAUUUUAUAAUCCACUGAAUCUCAUUAUAGGAUAAAAUUUUUCACACGCAAGGUAAUUAAAAUUUAAUUUAGUACAUUGCUCAUGUAUAACGGAUUUAAAUAACAUAUUGAAUAAAAAUACCAUGACUUUUGUCGAGUUUUGGUAUCUUUUUGAACCUCAAA